AUGUCAUCAUAUUUAGUUUCAGGAUCUGUUGCUGCCAUCUUCUUCACUCUUCUUACUUUAUCACUAUGUUGUGCACGGUCUGUUGAUGUUGAGUCCUGGGCUGACCAUAAAAAGACUGUCAUUGUGGAAAAUGACAUAGGUCCAAACAUAGUAUUAGCAUUACAUUGCUGGUCCAGUGAAGAUGAUUUUGGUGUACAUACAUUAAACCACAAAGAAAAUUUCAAAUGGAGAUUUAAAGUUAACUGGAAGGGGACAACUAAAUUUGUAUGUGAAUCAGGUUGGUAUGAUUCAGGGGAAAGCCCAGGUUACCAAGAAAAGUUUACAGCUUUCAAAUCAAGUAGAGACUGGAGUGCAAAUUGUGAAGAUGAUUGUUGGUGGAGUAUUCGUCGAGAUGGUGGCUACUAUGGAGACGCUAUUGCCUCAGAUAAGUAUCCACCUAAAAAGAUGUUUUCUUACCACAAAUAA